AUGGCAAAUGGCAUCAAAAGCACUGACCUAGCUCCUACGCCAAUCCGUACCGUCGCAGCUCGCAAGAGGAAAGCAGAAGCGCCGGUUCCAGCAGCUGAUGGAGCGAACAUAAUACCGUCAACCCCACGGCGGCGACGAACGGUGAAGGAGGAUGCAGAACAGCCAGCAACACCAACGCCGGACGCAGUGAAGCUCAUCGUUGAGGGAGCGCAAAAUGGCAGCACAACUCCGCAGAAGCCUCGUGCGGCAGCAAUCAACCGCCUGGCAGACCCAAGCCGCACGAACGCCCUUCUCCGCUCGCCCCAGACGUCGCGGAUCAUUGCCUCAAAGCCGGUCGACACCGUGUCGCCGUCCAAGCUCCGUGAGGGUCUCACGCGAACGACUCCUACAACAACGACCAACAUCCUCGAAGAGGCCUGCGCACAUCUCAUCAAGGUCGACCCGCGCAUGAAGCCGCUGAUCGAAAAGCACCACUGCCGCAUCUUCUCGCCCGAGGGGCUGGCAGAACAGGUGGAUCCCUUCGAGGCGUUGGCCAGCAGCAUAAUCUCGCAGCAAGUCAGCGGUGCAGCGGCAAAGUCAAUCAAGGCGCGAUUCAUAGCCUUGUUUGAUAGCGGUGAGGGCGAUAGUGGCAGCGGCAAUGACAAUGGCAGUACAACUCCCACGGCCGCGAGGCGCUUCCCGCAUCCUUCACAGGUAGCCGCGACCUCGAUCGAGAAGCUGCGCACGGCGGGGCUCUCGCAGCGCAAGGCCGAGUACCUGAAGGGACUGGGCGAGAAGUUCGCGUCCGGGGAGUUGACGGCGCAGAUGCUCGCCGACGCGCCCUACGAAGAGAUCCUCGAGAAGCUGACGGCGGUGCGCGGGCUCGGGAGGUGGAGCGUCGAGAUGUUUGCGUGCUUCGCGCUCAAGCGCAUGGAUGUCUUCUCGCUCGGGGACCUGGGGGUCCAGCGCGGCAUGGCUGCCUUUGUCGGGCGGGACGUGGCUAAGCUGAAGGCCAAGGGCGGCAAGUGGAAAUAUAUGAGCGAGAAGGAGAUGGAGGAGAUUAGCGGUAGGUUUGCGCCCUAUCGGAGCCUGUUCAUGUGGUAUAUGUGGAGGGUUGAAGAGACGGAUAUUAGCACGCUCGAGUAA